AUGAAAACUCGCGGAUAGAAAUCAGAACCACAUUAUGCAUAUCAUUAUAAAAAAGAUUAAAUAUUAGGAUAGAGUGAAAAAGGCAAACCAAUUUUGUAUAAAGUAGUUGAAGAUAUGAAAACUAAUGAUCAUAGAUCUUAAAUAAGAGUAGUUAAGCUUGAAAAAUAAGAAUAAUUGAAAGAUGGCAAAGUAGUCUAUAAAGAGGCUGAAGAACUUUUAUUGCCUGUAAAAGAACGCACGUAAAAAAAUUAUAUUUACAUUAGAAAAAUGGUUGAUGAUGUAGAAGUAAAAUCUACUAAACCAAAUCCAAAAACUAAGACAUCUGUUACCUUUUUUACUUUCCCUCAGGAUACUCUUUAAGAAAUUGCUAAAAGUACGAAAUAAAUUCCCGCCAACAAUAAAUAAUAAAAAAAAUAAGUAAGUUCAGAGAGUGAAGAUGAAGAUUAAGAAAAAGAAUAAGAAUAAGAACUACCAAAAAAAUACACAAUCAAAAAAGGUUAAAAGUAACAAGUUGAAAAUUAACAAGAAAAUAAAUAAGUGAAAAAUAAAAAACAAAAAUAAUAAGAUGAAAGUUAAGAAGAAAGUGAAGAAGAGAAAGAAGAAGAAGAAGAAGAAGAAGAAGAAGAGGUAGAAGUAGUAAAACAAAAUAAAAAAGGAUCUGUAUAAAAAUAAAAUAAAAGUAAAACUGAAACUCUUGAAAAUCAUAAAGAUGUAUAAAUUAAGAAGAAGAAUGAUAAAAAAUAAUAAAAAGAUAAUACUGAUGAAAGUGAUUAAGAUGAAGAUGAAUCAUAAGUUAUUUAAGUAGCCAAAAAAAAAUAAAAUAAAAAUUCACAAAUUACUUAGUAAUCUUAAAAAAUUUAAGAUACAUCAUUUAUUAUAAAAGAAACUAGAUAAAGAGGCACAGUAUAAUCACAAUAGGAGGAUGACGAUGAAGAUGAAGAAGAAUAAUCUGUAUCUUAAUCAUAAUCAUAAUCAUUAUCAUAAUCAUUUUCUGUUGACAGUAAACGAAAGAAAGCAGGUAAAAGUAGUUCAUCUAAAAAAUCAAAAUCUUAAACUACUCAACCAACUAAAUUUAUUAAAGGAAAAUUUAAUCCUAAUUAUAGAGAAUUAAGAAAUAUUAGUGAUUAAUUAGAAGGACCAAAUUCUAAAUUUCAUGAUUAUACUAGCAUUGUUAUGAAUAAUAAAGAAUUAAUUCGUGCUGUUAAAACAGGCAAUAAAAAAUUAUUAGAAGAUAUAUUUGCAAAUUCUUAAAAGAUUAGUAGUCUAUUCUAGAGAUGGGGACCUGAAAAUGAAAUAAAUGCUUUAGAACUUAUAUUUUUAAGAUAAGACAAAGAUAUGCUUUUGUCAUUUAUUAAAUCUAUGGGUAAUAUAAAAUUAGGAGUUGCUUAAAAUUGUUCUUUGAAAGAAGUAAAUACAGGUUACAAUGACAAAUAUGCUUAUGGAGUAAGAACUAGGAAAGUUGCUAUGAGUAGAGGUGGAAGAGAAGGUAAUAAUGCUUUUGUUUAUGACUUAAAUUAAGACGAUACUUUUGGUCGUUAUUAAAUUGAAAGAUUAAUGAAAAUUGAAACUGAUCCUGAACUCUUUGGCUUAAUGAUAGCACAAUUAGGAAAUGAACAUUAAUAUUAUGAAAUGAUUGCAAUAGCCGUUAGAUGUGGUAAUUGGAGAACUGCUGGUUAUCUAGUUUAAUAAGCUUUGGAGAGAGGUCACAUGUAUGGAUUUAAUUAAGUACAUGUUGAUGUAUUAAAUCAUACAAGUGCUAGUCGUAUUGGUAAUAUCAAAAAAGCAUCUGCAACUAAAAAGACAGUCGGCUUGUAUUUGAUUACACCUAUUCAUUGUGCAGCCAUCAAUCCUAAUCAUAGUUGUUUAUAAAAAUUAGUUGAAAUUACAUAAGAAUUUAAUAUUUUAGAUGAAAUUCAUAGAAAACCUGUUCAUUAUGCUGCUGUUUCAUAAACAAAUGAUUGUUUAAAGUAUUUAUUAGAAAAUGGAAUUGAUGCUAGAGAAGGAGAUCGAUUAAAAAAUACUCCUUUGAUGCUUGCUGCUUAAUUUGGAAGAACACAUAAUGUUGAACUUUUAGCUUCCAAUAAUAUUAAUAGUAAAAAUAAGGAGGGAAAUGCAGCAAUUCAUUUAGCUUGUUUUGGAGGUCAUUUGGAAACAGUUUAAACACUUUUAUAAAAUGGAGCAUAAAUCAACUAGCCUGGUUAAUUUAGAAUGACUCCUUUAAUAAUUGCAAGUGCUUAUGGACACUAUGAUCUGGUUAAGUACCUAAUUGAUUAAGGAGCUAGAGUAGUAAGCAAAGACAAAUUUGGAAGAUCUUCUUGUGUAAUGGCAGCUCGUAAUGGAAAUGUUAAGAUUUUAUCUCUUCUUCUCUAUCAUGGAGCAGAAUACAAUAUGCCUGAUUCUUCAAAAAAUACUCCUCUUCAUUAUGCUGCUGCAUAUGGAUUCCCUGAAUGUAUUGAAGAAUUGAUGAAGGCUGGUGCAGAUUAGAAUUUACCUAAUUCAUGGAAACUUACUCCAUUAUCUGUGGCUUUAUAAAAAAAUCAUUUGGGUGUAGUAAAAAUUCUUUUAAAUUACCCAAGUACAGAUGUAAAUUGUAAGGAUGAUGAGGGAAGAACUUUAGUUUCUUCUAGUUUAAGUAGAUUUACUUCAGAUUCUUUUGAAUAUAUAAAAUACUUGAUCCUUGAGAAGAAUGCUAAUGUGAAAAUAGCUGAUUUAUAGGAAAAGACUCCACUUCAUUAUGCUGUGUAAAUUUCAAGGAAGAAUGUUAAGUAAUAUUAUUUAAAAUGGAAUGAAAUGAUGAAAGCUGAAAAAAGAGAUAUAAAAAAUAAGUAUGAAAAACUCUUAUCAGAUUUGAUAGAAUUAUUAAUCAAUGCUGGUUCAGAUGUUAAUAUUCCUGAUACUAAUGGCUAGACUCCAUUUGUUUAAGCAUUAAUGAGCCAGAAUUUCAGAACAGCAGAACAAUUAAUGUAAUUGACUACACCAAAAUUUGAUUAUAUUGAUAAAAAAGAUAGAAAUAUAUUGCAUAAAUUAAUAGAAUGCAAAUUAUUUUUGAAUCCAAAAGGAAAUAAUAUUUUAGAGAAUGUAAUAAAAACAGUUGAUUAAUCUUAUAUUAAUUAAUAUGAUGAAAAUGGUUGGAAUCCAUUGUUAUAUUUGAUAUCAGAAUAUACUAAGUCUGCAGAAUAAUAACAUGAUAGGAUAUACACAAAAAAGGUUAAAAGAUUCUAAGUAUAGCUAUUUGAAUAGAGAGUUUAAGAAUUACCUCCAGAAAAAGAUAAUAUAAAUGAAGAAGAGAAACAUAAUGAGGAAGAAGAUUAAGAAAGAUAUGAGAGUAAAUCAAUAGACUUUGAUGAACCUAGUGAUUAAGAUCAAAGUGAAGAAGAGGAUGAAGAAGAAGUAAUUCAUUAUAAGAGAAAGAAAGCUGGAUUUAAAAAUCCAUCACUUAUCAAGUAAUAUAAUGGAAUUAAAACAGGUAUUCGUACUUAAACAUCACUAUUUACUAAUUAAUAUUAGAAUUAAUUCUAAUAAUAAUAAUAAUAAUAGGUAACAUCAAGUGUAAUAGGUUAAGAUAAUUAUCAUCAAAGAAUGUUUUAUUAUAAAAAUAAACCUAUCAUUGUACAUUUAUCUAAAGAAUAAGUUGAUAUUUUGAAAUAAGAAACUCUCUAAGAUUCAUUUUUAUUAUAAGAGAUAGUUCUAAAAUUAUUUUAAUAAUUAAUUAAUUUUGGAGCUAAUUCUAAUAGUGUUGUAAUAAAAAGAAAGAAAUUUAGAUAGCCAGAUUAAUCAUAAUAAGAUAAAAAAGAGGAUCCUUAUAUAAGUGAAGGUAAUUAUACAAUAGCUCAUUUUUUAUUUAAGGCUUUUCAUAGUGUUUCAUUUCUCUAAGGGUUAUAAAGAAUUACCAUUAUAUCAUUCAAAGAAGCAACACAUAAUAAUAUAUAUCCAAUUCAUUUAUUUGCUGGCACAUGUAAUCUAUAAGCAAUAUGUGGAAGAGCUUAAGAAACAAGUGAAACAUUCUUAAAAUAUGUUCUUAAUCAUAUAGAUAUCAAAGUUAAGGAUUUAAAUUUUAAUACACCUACUAGUAUAUUAGCAUCUCGUUAUUGUGAUGAUUUGAAAUGGUUCAUUGAAACCUUAUUAGAAAAUGGAGGUUCUAUUAAUAAUUUAAACAAAAAUAAUGAAGUACCUCUUUAAAAGUGGGUUAAAGCUAAUAAUAUUAAAAUUGUUGAAUUAUUUUUGACUAAAUAUAAAGCUGAUCCUAAUUUUAGAGAUAAAUAUAAUAGAACUGCAUUACAUCAUGCAAUCAAUACAUCUAAUUCUUAAGCAGAUGCUAGUUUUGAAAUGGAACAUCUUUUAAUUAUGAAUGGUGCUAAUACAAGUUUAAAGGACUUUUUAUAAAGAACUCCCCUUUUUUAUGCUUUCACAAAAAUUAAUAAAUAAAAUGAAUUCUCUGAAAUUGAUCCUUUUGAAACUGUCUCUUCUAUAUUAGCAGAUAAGAAUUGUUCUGUUAAUUGUUUAGAUAUUUAUAAAAGAUCUCCUUUACAUUAUGCUGCCCUAAGAGGUAGUGUCAUUUCUGGUAGAUAUAUGAUUAAAAUGAAUGCUAUUGUAGAUGAUAUUGAUAAAUAUGGAAAUACUCCUUUAGGUUUAGCUUUCAUAAGUGGUCAUUCUAAUUUCUGUACAAUGCUAAUAGAUAAUAAAGUAAAUGUAAAUCGAAAUGCAAUAAUUAUUGAUACUGAAAAGAUUAAAGAAGAAGAGAAGAAAUAAAGAUAAUAAAGAAGAAAUUAAGGUGAAGAAAUUGAAACAGAAGAUGAAAUGGAUUCAAAUCAAAUAGAAAAUGAAUAUAAUACAUAAGGAAAUGAUCUUUAUUCUAAUAAUAGACUAUAAAAGGCUUCUUAAAAAGUAGCUACAAGAAGUACUUUUGGAUAAAAUAAUUAAUUAUCUUAACCAAUAAUAUUUCCUCCUGGAACUUAUUCUUAUUUUAAAUUAGCAAUUAAACAAGGAUGGCAAGGUGUUGCAUAUUUAUUGAUAAGUGAUGGAUAUGAUCUUCAAAGAGCCAUAGAAGAUGCAAUGAUGGAAGAUCAAUUUAAAUUAGUUAGAACAUUACUUUUGAAAGUCAAAGAAGAUUCUGUUAUUUAAAAGUAUAAUCAAAAACAUUAAAAUCUAUUUCACAUAUUUGCAAUAAAAGGAAGAAAUUGUAAUGAAGAUAUGGCAAUUUUAAUUGCAGAAGAAUUAUCAAGAAGAGGAGUUGAUAGGAUUUCAAAUGAUAAUGAAAUGAAUACUCCAUUGCAUUUUGCAUGUAAAAAUAAUUUCAUUUAAUUAAUUAAAUAUUUAUUACAUAGAAAAAGUGAUCCUAAUGCCUUUAAUAAUGAUUAAAAUACUCCCUUUUCAAUUAGAUUGCAAUUUAAUUAUAAGGUUUUAGCAGAUCCUGUAGAAUUAGGUUUAUGGACUAAUAGCAAGGUUAAUUUUAAUGUGAAAUUUAAAGUUGAAAAGAAAGAUUAUUAUUUAACACCUUUGUUAUAUUUAAUAUAAGAAUAUCAUAUAGAAAAUGAGAUUCUUUUGUCUAAAUUUGUUGAUGCAGGAUGUGAUAUAAAUGAAAAAACUGAUAAAGGAGAAACCUCAUUAAUUCUUGCAAUUAAAAAUAACUCUUUGAAAUUAGUUAAUUUCAUUCUACACCAUCCUAAAUUUACAAAAGAAGCACAUAUGUUAGAUUAAAAUAAAAGAACUCCCAUACAUCAUGUAGUCUAACCAUUAGAAUUUGGUUCAUAUGAAAACACAGAAAUGUUAGAAGUUUUAACAAAUAUAUUUGAUGUCAAUCAAAUUGAUGACUAAGGAAAAACUGCUUUAGAUUAUGCUAUUGAUUAAGAUUCUGGUGUUAUGGCAAGAGUUUUAAAAAAUCUUAAAGCAGUCUAGAAUAUCAAAUCUAAAUAGCCUAGACUACCAACUAGUGUUAUAUCUUAAGCUUAAUGGGUUGAAGAAGAAAUAGAUGUUGAGGCAGAUGCUUAAAGAUUUUUAGACCUUAAUGGAGAAUAAUUGGAUGAUUCAAAAUAGGAUUAUAAAAAUUUAGUUGAUAAAUAUGCAAAUCGAAUUGGAAAACUAGAAAUUUUAGUAGACAAGGAUAUUGGUCCAUAUUCAUUAUUAAUGACAAAAGUUGAUAUUGGUAAUGGAUAAUAUUCAGAAAAUGUGUUUUAUAAAAUGUAAGUUCUUCAUGAAAUCAAUCGAAAUGUUUAUAUUCUAUUCACAAGAUGGGGCAGAAUUUGUACUGGAGGAUAGCAUCAAUAAACUCCUUUUGAAAGUUCUGAAGAAGCCAUUAAAGAAUUUAAUAAAAUAUUUUACACAAAAACAGGGGGAAAUGAUUGGAGAAAGAUUAAAACAGGUGAAGAAGAUUUUGUUAAACGACCUGGUAAAUAUUAAUUAAUGAAUGUAAAAAAGAUGAAAAAUUACAAAACUUUAUUAAGUCCUUUCGAUUUCAGUAAAAAUUCUCCUUAUCCACCUUCAAUAUUAGAUAACACUAUUAAAAGAUUCAUAUUGUAGUUUAUUUAAGUAAAAUUGUAUUAGAAAGAUUUACAAUAAUUCCAUGUAGAUAUGGACUUUAUGCCUAUUGAAAGAUUAGAUAGAAAAUAAUUAGAAGUUGCCAAAGCUAUUCUUAAUGAAUUAACAGACAGUGUUAAAGAACUAAAAUAACUUAGAUAGAAUAGAGAUUUAGACAUUAAAAAGAUAUCUAAUCUAUCAUCUGAAAUAGCUGAUAAAUCUAGUAGAUUUUAUGAAUUAAUUCCAAUCAUUGAAUUAAGAACUGAACCUAUUCCUCCAUUAGAUUCAAUUGAAGCAAUUAAUCAAAAAUUAUUACUUAUUGAAACUUUACUCAAUUUUGAAAUUACUUCUAAAAUUUUAUUGGGAGCUCAUUUGAUAAAAUAGUCUUUGAAUCCACUUACUUAUUGUUUCAAUGCUUUAAAUAUCAGAGUCAUAACUCUUAAUCAUGAACAUCCAGAAUUUAAAUUAAUUAAAUAAUAUAUUAAUUAAUCUUCAACUCCUAAAAUAUCUAAUAUAUUUGCUAUUGAGAGAAGAGGAGAAGCUGAAAGAUUUGAAAUCAAUAAAUAAUACAAUAGAUUAUUACUUUGGCAUGGUUCCAAAAUUUCCAACUUCAUGGGUAUUUUAGCAUAAGGACUCAAAGGUAAAUAUAAAUCACCUAAUUUUUUUAGUUGCACCACCUUGGGCACUUAACACAGGAGCAAUGUUUGGUAAGGGUAUCUAUUUUGCAGAUAUGUUCUAAAAAUCCUUUGCAUACACAGACGAUUGGUCACUUCAUUAUAAUCCUUAUAAUGGCCUAUUUUAGUAAGGAGGAUUUUGGUACAAAUAAUAGCAAGUAAUUAAAGAUGAACAAGAAGAAAUUUAAAGAUAUAGAUAUAUGUUACUAUGUGAAGUUGCAGUAGGUAAAUCUUAAGAACUGUAUCAGGCAGAUUAUAUUGAAAAUUUACCAAGUAUUUUAAAUAUAUUAUUUUAAGAACAAUACUAAUCUGUUAAGGGAUGUGGAAAAAGAGGACCUGAUUACAAAUAAUCUGUUAUUUUAUCGAAUGGUUGUAAAGUUCCUGUUGGAUAAUGCAUUGAAUAUCCAGAUCCUAAAAAGAAAGAUAAGGAGGGUAAUCCUAUUUAAUACUGUUUACAACACAAUGAAUAUAUAGUAUAUGAUGAAACCAAGGUUAAAUUUAGAUAUAUGGUUUAAUUGGAUACCAAAAAUACAAUUGAUGAAUUUUGA